AUGGAAAUCGAUGAUGACACUAAGUUUAUAAGCAAAUUGAAAGAAAAAAUUCCUAAUCUUAUUGAUCCAUAGUAUGAAAAGGUAUAAAAUUCAAUCAAAAUAAAAGGAUGUAAAUCUAAUGAAAGAUGUCAAUAUCAUGGGGUAUUUUCUAGAAAUACUAGAAUUAAUGAAAACAAGCUAAUUACCUAUCGAACAAUUAUUACUUCAUUAUUCCGUAUAGAAUCGAAAAUAUUUAGCAAUAAAAAUUUCAUAUCCAAAGUGGUGUAACAAGUAAAAUGAAAUCAUUUGUAACCAUUCUGUUAUACAGCUUCAUGAAAAAAUCAAAUAAUUCAUCAGAUCUAUCAUACAUAAAGAGAUAUUUUCAAUUGAAAAAAUCAAAUUCAUCUAUUUCAUUCUACAUAAAGCUAAGAAAGACUAUCAUAACCAAUUUUUCAUACAAUUCUAGAACUCAAAUGCUUGAUGGACUAAAUUUAAAAUUUGGUAUAUAAUAUAGUUAUACUAGAUGAUUGGUCAACUUUGACAACUCGAUUUUUAGGAGCAGAAUCUAUAUCUUAAAUUGGAGCAAAAGUUAAAGAAGUUAAUUCCAAAACUAAAGUAUAUGAUAAAAUCUUGACUAAUUCUAUUGAUGCUGUUUUCUUUGUAUAAACAUGUGUGGAUUUAUUUGAAUCAAAAGACAAAUCAAAUGUGCAUCAAGAAAAAGAAAAAAGAUCAUAAUCUUAGAAUUCAUAAAAUGAAAACUCAAAUUCAUAAAAUAUUUCUUAAAAUUAAAUUUAAGAUGAUGAAGGCAGUUAAAAUGAAGAAUAAAAUAGUUUGAUUGAAUAACCAGAAGAAAUCUAAUAAUCAAUAUAAAUUGCUUUAAAUCCAACAUCGAACAUCCAAUAAAAAUAGGAAAACGCAGAAUCAAAAGAUAAAUCUAAUGUUAUACAAUAAAAAUUAAUUAAUUCAUUGUAGGAAACUGUAUUUUAUAUUAUCAUAUUAGAAAUACUAAUUGUUGGAUAAUUAAACAAAAUAAGAAGAGGCAAUUAAGAAAACUUUAAAAGUUGUUGAUGUUUUACUUCUUGAUUAUGAAUAACUAGUAAAACACAAUAAAAAGCAGCAAUUAUUCAUCUAACAAUUAGUUGAUAAAUGCAAAAAUUCCCAUAAUCUAACAGAAUAAGAGAAAAAAUAAUUUUAGGAACUAAAUUCACAUUAAUUUAUAUAAAAUGAUUUCAAAACAUAACUUUAACAAACAGGAAUUUAUAAAUGUAUCAAGUGA